AUGGAUGAAGAAAUAACUAAACAUGAAGAUGAUUCUUCAUCAAAUUGUUUAACACGUACAACAAUACGUGAAGCAAAUCAUCAUUUACAAAUGUUACAUAAACAUAGUCAAGAAUUAGAACAAUUAGUUAAUAAACAAAAAGAAGAAUUAAAACAAAAAGAUUUAGCUUAUAUUGAUCUAUUUAAAGCAAAUCAAUUAUUAGAAAAACGUUGUCAACAAUUACAAAUAUUACUCGAUGAUCGAACACGACGUUUACAAAUUUAUGAAAGAAAAGAAAGAUUAUUUCGAGAAACUCUUGAAUUAAAACCAGCUAUUGAAUCAUUAUUAGAUGUAUUAAAUACAUUCGAAAAAGAAGAUGCUAUUUUAUCAUCGAUUCCAAUUCAAACUCUACAAACAUUAAAUCAAAAGAAAAAUAUGAAUAUUUUCCAUAAAACAGAUGCUGUCUAA